CCUUCCUCCACUGCCUCUAACCUGCCUCUAACCUACCUCUCCCCAGGAGCCUCUUGUCUCUUUCCAGUGCAAGAACCAGUACACUCGACCUGGCUCGCUUCAAUCCAACCAGCCAGCCAGCCAGCAGACGAGCCCAAGCCCAGCCCGCUUCAGCUCAGCCAGCCAACCAACGAACCAUACCAUUCAAUACCAUAUCAAUCAUACAUACAUCCCAUACAUCCAUCCCUCCGUCCAUCAAUCCAACCAACCAGCCAAUAUACAUACACCUCCCUACCGAUCGUAGGUGGCAAAAGAACGUUGCACCGCUGCCGCCGCCGCCGCCGCCGCUGCUGCUGCUACUGCUACUGCUGUUACUGCUACCACUGCUAUUAUCGCCCCUGCCUUUCGACAUCAUAUCGGCCCCCCAGUACCGACGUAGUCUCGACCGAAAGACGGUUUCGUCCGAUCCGUUGCCACUAGCAGCCUGCGUCGAUGAGGAUCCUCAAUUCUCUCGUUGAUCGCAUGUAGCCUAUCAGUCGCUACCAUGUCCGUUGAAGCGCCUGUCCCGGUCGCGGCCUCUGCGCCUGAGAUGGCAGGUAAUGAGCCCACGGCCAUGCUUCACGACAAUCAACCUACUCAGGCUUGCCUUGACCACCCCGACAAUCAUGUCCAGCCCGAUGUCAAAUCCGCACAUGUACUUGCCGACUAUGCUGUAUCCCACCAAUCUCCCAAACACAUCGGUCUGCAUUCCCCGCCUGAUAGCAAUAACGCCAUGAAGCUUGAUGGUAGUGAUGAUGACUCGGAAUUGAGCGACGUCGAGGACCCCACCCUGGACCCAGACCAAAUUCCCUUCUUGCAUGCUCAAUCCACGCCCCAGAAGACCCCCGAGGACACUCCCCAAGAGGAAGAGGAAGAUAUUGGCGAAGUGACACCCGACCAUUGGUCUGGCACAGUUCCAGUUUUCAAACCCGACAUGUCUCAGUUCAAGGACUUCAAGAAAUUCAUGGAGAAGAUCGAUUCCUAUGGAAUGAAAUCCGGCAUCGUCAAGAUAAUACCGCCGCAGGAGUGGAAGGAUAAGCUUCCUGCGCUUGAUAACUUGGUGAAGCAGAUUAGGGUUCGCGAGCCCAUCAAACAAGAGAUUAUGGGCUCCAGUGGUACUUAUCGACAGGUGAACAUCCUCCACCAGAGGGCCUACAACCUACCCCAGUGGCGACAACUCUGUGAUCAGAGUGAGCAUCAGCCCCCCGCUAGGCGAGGAGAGAGGCGUGCGCAAGCCCCUCCAAAAUCUAAAGCAGUAUCCGCUCCGACAUCGUCCAACGCCAGAAGGCGUGGUCCUGUUACUGAUGUUGGAGCCGGGCGUUCUACGAGGAGCAAGACCAAGAAAGGUGGUGCCAAAGGUGGUAUUGCAGACUCAGAGGACCGCCCUAUGACCCCAGUCUCGCCCAGGCCCGAGGCUGUUAUCGAGUCUGUAGAGCAGGAAAUAGGCGAUGAAAUUGACAACGAUGACCCAGUUCUACCAACAGUUGGCCGGAUGGGCGGCUCGAGACAGGCUAAGCCCAAGGAGCAGAGCACUUCGGCCCGACGCAAGUUCGCUCGACGCGAGGGCUCUGCUAGGAUUGACGAAGAGGCUUUUAAAGACUUUGAUUACCAGAUGGACAUAUCUGACUAUACGCCCGAACGAUGUGAGGAACUCGAACGCAUCUACUGGAAAACUCUGACAUAUGCACCUCCCCUGUACGGAGCUGAUGUUCUCGGAACUUUAUUUGACGACUCUACUGAGGAAUGGAACCUCAAUAAACUUCCAAACCUCCUCGACGUCCUGGGCACUAAAGUUCCCGGUGUCAACACGGCAUAUUUAUACCUCGGCAUGUGGAAGGCCACAUUCGCAUGGCAUUUGGAAGAUGUCGAUCUUUACAGCAUCAAUUACCUUCAUUUCGGCGCACCAAAACAGUGGUAUAGCAUUUCCCAAGGCGACGCUCGUCGUUUCGAAGCUGCCAUGAAGAAUAUCUGGCCCACGGACGCUAAGGCUUGUAGUCAGUUUUUACGUCAUAAGGCAUUCUUGAUCUCACCAAAUCAUCUUCAGCAGAACUUCAACAUCAAAGUUAACAAAUGUGUUUCUUAUCCCGGAGAAUUCGUUGUAACGUAUCCCUAUGGCUAUCAUUCCGGAUACAAUCUUGGCUACAAUUGCGCAGAAGCUGUCAAUUUCGCCCUAGACUCUUGGCUACCGAUGGGAAAGAUUGCUAAGAAGUGUGAAUGUGCGCAAGCUCAGGACAGUGUAUGGGUUGACGUUUAUGAGAUUGAACGAAAACUACGGGGUGAAGACACGGAGUACGAAGAGACAGAAGACGAAGAUGAGGAAGAUGACGAGGAAGAUGAUGAUGAUGAGCUUGAGAAUACAUCCCGACCCGGUCAUGCUAUCAAAUUCAUAGCACCUGGGCGUAAACGCAAACGGGCGACAAAUGAUAAAGGAGAAAAGAAGGUUAAGAAGAUCCGGCUACGUCUCAAGAGUCAGGUUGAACCGCCUUGCUGUCUUUGCCCGCAUGAUAUUCCAGGUAUCGAGCUACUGCCUACCGACAAUGACCGCAAAGCUCAUCGUCUCUGUGCCCUUUACGGCGCAGAAACGUGGAUCGAGACAGUGGAUGGAAAAGAAGUCGUUGCAAACGUCGCGAACAUUAGCAAAGCUCGGCUUGAUCUGAAAUGCUUGUUUUGCCGCUCCAAGAGGGGAACGUGCUUUCAGUGCUCCCACAAAAAAUGCGCUAGAUCCUACCACGCAACGUGCGCCGCCGCGGCAGGAGUUUUUGUGGAAGAAGCUGAAGUGCCCAUAUUCGGCGAGGAUGGCACCGAAUACAAGGAACAAGCAUUCGAGUUCACGUGCCGAUUUCACAGGACGAAACGAGAUCGGAAGUUGGAUGGAAAUGUCUUGGAUGAUUGCCAGAAGACGCGCCGGGCUGCCUCAGCACUCAAGAAGGGCGAUAUCUGUCAGCUCCAAUACCACCGUGGUGAGAUUUUCGCAGGUAUCAUUAUUGAAAACAGGGACAGCGAGCAGACAUUCCUACUGGAUAUCAUACCGAAUGGUGAUCGGGUGGAAGUGGAAUGGAAAUGGUUGCUUCUCCCAGAUCCAGCCGACUUCCAUUUACCACAGGCAUCACAAAAGGCUAUUCCAAUGCCAACCUCACGCAAGGCGAAGGAGCUCAUCAAUGCAACUAGGAAGCGAAUCGAAGAGCCUCCCCGUCCAGAAGAACCAUUCGUCGAAGGCGGCUUCACGUGGGCAGAGUUUAACCACCAUGAUCUUGAGCGAAACCCAGUUCAAGCUAGAGUGGACUUGUCCAAGGAUAACCAGGUCUGGCACUACCUGGGAAGGUACUCUACUGAUGCACGGCCACAGUAUACCGAGGAUCCCCAGAAAAAGAAGCAUAAUCCAAAGAGUAAUUUCUUGGACACCAUUCCUCGGCCGGCUCCUCCGCCCCCCAUGCCACGGAAGUCGUACGGUUCAACCUUCUCGAUUCACACCCCUACUCCGAUAACAAAGGCCGAGAAGCCAUAUCAAUACAAGCCCCGGGAUCCUGUCCCACCAACUUACGUCCGUUCUCCCUUUACGGCGCAUCAAUUUGUACCAAAACCUUCUCCAUACACCGCCCAUCACUUUGAACCUAAACCUUCCAAUGCUACUACUUUUGUCCACCAUACGCCGCCUAAUGCCGGACCACAAAACUACGCUACUCCUCCCCAGUCCGCAUCCAUGCAUUCACCAUACUACAAGUUCCAGCAUUCGUCGUACAUGGCACCUAGGCAGCAAGCACAACGUGCGAUCCAACCACCACAGGCACAGCCGGCAACACCAGCAUCCCAACAACGGCCACAGCAUGCCGCGCAAAAGCACCAGCAUUAUUCUACCUUCCAGAUUAACAAGCCAAGUCAGCAACCACAGAAGCCGCAGCAAGCUACACCACAGCCCACGCCUUAUUUCGCAACCUAUUCUGCAGAUCCUGCGCGACAGUCGCAACCGCCAGCUCCCCAGUCGACGACUACUCCUGCCUCACAAGCUGGUGCCAAUGCUAUCUGUGCUACGGAUGCCUCAACGCAGCAGCAAUUCGUCCCAAGACGGCCUUCUAUUCCUAGGCCAACGCCCGCUCAUAAUGGGCCUGGCCAUACGCGAAAUAAAUCUUCUGUCAGUAGCUACGGUGGACGCCGCGCUCUUGGAUCUGGACAGCGAUUCGGGACGCCACCUGCGUCUUACGGACAUGCACGUGGGGACUCAUUGACGAAAUCGCCUUUCAGUCAUGGCUUCACACAGCCGCCUGGUCUAGGGCCAUCGCCAUCACCUCAAAAUGGCCGGCUGUUCCAAAAUCAAGCAAGGGCACGAUCGAGCUCACUUGUAUCUAAUCUUUCACUCAACACUCCAAUGACAUCAUCGGCGAUUAGGCCGUCAUCUUCCGCCUCGAUGCAAGCGUUGACAGGACAAUUGCAGUCUGCCGUCUCACCGAAGGAGCCGCGACCCAGCGUCAUCCAGAAAUACGCCUUCUUCCAAGUGCAUCAUAAUAGGGACUCGACCAAGUAUAGAACUCCAUAUGCGCACUGGGGUGGGUUCACGAACGGAUACGAGGGAAGUCUCCGAGCACAUUUGAUGCGUAGUCCAGAUGCCUUAUAUAAUAUACCAAGACAGUCACUAGGCUUGAAUGGGGUAAGUCCUGGGGUGUCGUCAACAUUACAAAAGGUCGCCGCGGGCGUUCUGCCACCAGCGAGCUCUUCAAGCGAUUCUGCGCUGCAGUCUCAGUCUCCUCCCGCCCCCAACAACCCAACCCAACAGACCAUUCCAUUUGUUAGUCCAGCUGUACCUUUAGCAUCAUUCGCAGGUUUACAGUCGGCGCCGCCUCCAUCAUGUCAAGAUGCUAGAAUAGAUAACCCAUCUAAUUGGCCUUCCGGGAUGCCCAAUCGAUGGGACGACAAUCUCAGCACAGGUGCCACUUUACACCCAGCCAUUCGGACUCACUAUGCUGCCAUGCUUUCAAACAGGAAUGUGAAGAUGGAGCACCAGGUCGACUCCGGCGAUACAAACCAGCCAUUAGCAAUGAUUCCGCCAUUGUCGUCGGCUCCUCCGAACAUACCAUCAUCGGUACCUGUAACUCCAAUGCCAGCACUCCCAUUAGAGUUACCAACUUGCCAGUCUGCACCCAAGCUGACAGCACAACCUAAAUCUACGACUCCAAUCCCUCCACCAUCAUUGCCCGUUACACCCAGGGGCCCGCAGAGCACAUCAGGGCUUGCUGCUUCAGCUAAAGCUACGCCGACUAUACCUAAGAAGACACAUAUUCCUGCACCAAGACCGUGGGAAACAUUACGGAAAACGCAGCCACCGCCACCCGUUUCCAUGGCAGCGACUCCUAGUCCAGCAUCUAUGACGCCCAGCCCGCACAUGUUGCCCGCCUAUAGCUUAUCGGAGAAUUCAAGGCAUCUCCCCCAAGCGGGAUGCCAGCUUAAUCAUGUUGUUCAGUCUGCCGGCUCUCGGGUGUCCCCCGUACAGCAGCCCCAGCCAGCAGCCACAUCUCUAUCACCGCCCGUCGCAGUAUGCCAUUCCCCCGGCGUAUCUUACGCAACAGGGGGCCAAUAUCCCGCUAUCAGUGCAGGGGAACAACCCGCACCCGUACUAUUUCCUACAACAGGGCCCUUAGUGGCACCGAAUCAAGCCAACGGGACGCCUGAUCUACCAGAGGUCUCGGAUGGGUCUAUGGAGCUUGUUGAAAGCAUAAUACGGAAUGCUCAGAAGGCUAGUGGAUUUUUUACGGCGGACUAUAUCUGACGUCUGAGACGUCUGUGACUAGGCUAUGGGUAGGCGUAUGGACACAUUGGGCUCGAGAGAGAAUAAUGUAAAAACAAGCAUUCUUUGGGCGUUUUGGUGUUACGGGUUGUCCAGACCAACGAUAGCUUUGACAUGGUGGUAAAACAAAGUUCAUGCAUGUACAGUACGCAAGCGGGCAGACGACAGACGACAGACGAGUCCAAGAGUUAAUGAGUGAAUAGUAGCAGGCAAGGGAGGGAGUAAUCGUUAUGGGCGCUUCGGAUGGCGCGAAACGAUGCAACGGUUCAUGUAUAUUACUUGACAUUGUUUUGCUUGCGGAGUUUACACUAGGCCACGGAUGACAACCAAUACCAAGUACAAAACCGGUAGUUGUUAGAGCGAUGGAAUUGCUUUACUAUAUCAUUUUAGAGGCGUUCGAGGCAGAUAGGGCCCUAGCUGGGCAGCUAAAUUCAUAAACGCGAUCGAAAACUAGUUAUAUAUUAUAUAUUAAGUACCUAUGUUUGUUGGAUUUUCUAGGCUACCUAGGUAUGGUAAGA